AGAAUUCAACAAAGCCGAACUUUCUCCCAAAACCAACAAAAUUUAUUGGCUAAAACUCCAGAAACGAAACCGCCUUUUCCAACAAAAUCGAAAUUCCAGAAAUACAACUAUUUCUCUCUCUUUCUUCAUCGUGUCACUCUCUGCACACAUCCACGUAUUUUCAUAGCUUCACCAACAAUCUCACCUUCAUACUUUUCUAUAACACUGCCGCUUCGCCAACCUCUUCCAAAAUUCAGUUUACGCCUUUUUCUUUUUUUUUCCUUUCAUGAAAAUAAAUGCUGGAGCAUUGAGCAUUAAUUCAUAGCUAUAGUCAUUUUUAUUGACAAGAAAUUAAAGAAGAUGAGGUUGUACGUGAACUUGCUGGAGGGCAGAGGUGGCGCGGUGAGGAACUCUUACGUGAAGCUGCAAGUCGGGAAACAGAAAUCGAAGACGAGAAUUUUGAAGAACACUGAAAACCCUGUUUGGAAUGAGGAAUUCGUUUUCAGAGUGCACGAUUUGAACGAUGAGCUGGUUGUUUCUGUGUACAAAUGCGACGAUCACGAUCACGGGUUUUUUCAUGUUUCCGCCGGAGAUCUGGCGGGUCGGGUCAGGAUUCCGGUUUGGAGGGUCGCGGAGGAGGAGGAGAAUCUGAGCUUGCCGCCGACUUGGUUUGCGGUGGAGAAGGCUAAGAAUGGGAAAUCAGUUGAGAAUGAUUGUGGUAAACUCCUUCUCGCUCUGUCCCUGCAUGGCAGAUAUCAGGAGACCUUGACCGAGAGUAAUAAUCACUUACAAUUGGACGAUAGAAUCAUGUCUACUCAUAACGGUCAUGCAUCUCCUCCUUCACACAGAAAGUCGAAUGAUGGGAAGCAUUUGAUGAAGGCACUUGCUGGUCGUUUGGAGAGACUCUUCCAUAACAAGGAUGAGGCACCACGAGACGAGACUUCCUCUGAACUGUCCACGCAGUCGGAUAAUGAUCAAGACUGCGUGAUGGAGACUUCUGAUGACUCCAGCUUCGAAGAAUCAAUCGAACAGCUUCAGCAUUCAAGGAAUGAGAAGGGGGAAAUGCCAGAAGAUCUGCAGGGGGGCAUCCUUCUCGAUCAGACUUACAGAGUGUCCCCAAAGGAUCUUAACUCGGUUCUCUUUGGUCCAAAUUCUGAGUUCCUGAGGAAUUUGGCAGAGAUGCAGGGAACAACAGAUGUGCAAGAGGAGCCUUGGAGGUGGAGAUCGGAGGGAGAGAGAUCGUGUUUGAGAAGAGUCGUCGUUUACACGAAAGCAGCAACUAAGCUAGUUAAGGCUGUUAAAGCCACCGAAGAGCAAACCUAUGUCAAGGUCGACCGUAAUGAAUUCGCUGUUCGUGUUAGAGUGAGCACUCCAGAUGUUCCAUAUGGGAACACUUUCAACGUUGAGCUACUGUAUAAGAUAAUGCCUGGUGUCAUGUCUUCUUCAGAAAGGGAAUCUGCUCGUCUCGUUGUAUCUUGGGCUGUGACUUUCAGUCAAACCACGAUGAUGAAGGGGAUGAUUGAGAGCGGAGCAAGACAAGGUUUGAAGGACAAUUUCGAGCAGUUCUCAACUUUACUAUCUCAGAAGUUCGAAGUAGUAAAAGCUGUAGAUACUUUAGACAAAGAUCUUGUUCUGGCAACUAUGGAGACUGAGCACCAGGGGGAUUUAGAUUUGGGGAUCCACUACUUUUGGAAUUUCACGGUGGUGUCCAUGAUUUUCAUGUUGUUACAUGUCGUGGUUCACAUUUUCCUCUGCAAACCAAGCAUGCUGCAAGGGUUGGAGUUUGAAGGACUUGAUUUACCUGAUAGUUUCGGUGAACUUAUUACCAGUGGCAUAUUGAUCAUUCAAUUGGAGCGAGUUUAUUACAUGGUUUCGCAUUUUGUGGAGGCUAGGCUACGGAGAGGAAGUGAUCAUGGAAUCAAAGCACAAGGCGAUGGAUGGGUUCUUACAGUAGCAUUAAUCGAGGGGUCAAACUUAGCUUCGCCAAAUCCAACCGAGGUUGCAGACCCUUAUGUCGUGUUCACUUGUAACGGCAAAACAAGAACUAGCUCUGUGAAGCUUCAAACUCUUGAUCCUCAAUGGAAUGAGAUGCUUGAGUUUGACGCCAUAGAGGAACCCCCGUCUGUGCUAGAUGUCGAAGUUUUCAACUUUGAAGGCCCGUUCGACCAAUCUUACUCACUUGGGCAUGCUGAGAUCAAUUUCUUGAAGCACACGGCUGCGGAGCUUGCUGAUAUUUGGGUGCCUCUGGACGGAAAACUCGCUCAGUCUUCUCAAUCAAAGCUGCACUUGAGAAUUUUCUUGGACAAUAAUAAUGGAGUCGGAACACUUAGAGACUAUCUAGCUACUUUGGAGAAGGAGAUUGGGAAAAAGUUGAGCCUGCGUUCGCCUCACAGGAAUUCGACUUUCCAAAAAAUCUUUACAUUGCCUCCAGAUGAGUUUCUCAUCAGCGAUUUCUCUUGCUCCUUGAAGAGGAAGUUGCCAUUACAGGGACGACUGUUCCUUUCUGCCAGAAUUGUCGGAUUCUAUGCAAACUUGUUUGGGCACAAGACAAGAUUCUUCUUCCUCUGGGAGGACAUUGAAGAUAUUCAGGUGCUGCCUCCGUCUCUUGCAACAGUUGGGAGCCCGACACUUGUAAUAAUUUUGCACAAGGGUCGAGGUCUCGACUCCAGACAUGGAGCCAAGAUUUUAGACGAGCAAGGGAGGCUGCAUUUUUACUUCCAUUCAUUCGCUUCUUUUAAUGUUGCGAGCAGGACCAUUAUGGCCUUGUGGAGAACAAGAACGCUCGAUCCUGAUCAGAAGGCAAGAAUCGCGGAGGAGCAGCUGCACGACGUUGAUGAUGAUGAUGCGAAGCCUUUCCUGCUUGAAGACACGACAUCCUAUUUGGUAGUCGAAGAUGUGAAGAUGGCCAAAGUUUAUACCGUAGAACUGCCUAUGAACCCCAAAUCACUAAUGGAGAUGUUUGAUGGAGGAGAGAUAGAACACAAAGUGAUGAGCAAGUCCGGAUGCCUCAACUACGCCACGACAGCGUGGGAUCAAGUGGCGGCCGAUGUGCAAGAGAGACGCGUCAACUACAGGCUGAGCCGUCGCAUCUCAAACUUUGGCGGGGAGGUCACUAGCACGCAGCAGAAGUCACCCUUGCCAGACGACAGCGGAUGGGUGGUGAAUGAGAUCAUGACCCUCCAUAACGUCCCCCUCAGCGAUCACUUCAGAGUCCAGUUUCGAUACCAUAUCGAGAGAUCUUCGUUCACACAUAACUCGUGCAGAUGUGAUGUUUACAUUGGGAUCAUGUGGCUGAGAAACACCAUGUUUGAGUCCAGAAUUACUAGGAAUAUUAUCGAUAAGUUCACUCAUCGUUCAGAGGAAUUACUGCAGUUGGUAGAGAGAGAGGCUUUGCUGACUAGUAAGUAGUAAUAUUGUAUAUGAACUUCUUGUUUCACUCAUAUUUUGGCAUAUAUUGUAUCUAUGUUUACAGCCAAAAUCUUGGUUCAAGUUAGUGUACCCUUGUUUUUAUUCGAAAUAGUCAUCUCAAAUUCCCCUUCCUAUUAAAAUCGGUGAUUUACGGAUUUCA